UAGUGGGACUAUGGCAGACAUUCUGACACGGGGGGGGGAACUAACUUGGUGUCACUGAGACCCCAGUGACACCAAUACAGUGAUCAGUGCUGAAAAAAAAACACUGACACUGUACUAAUGGCAAUGGGCAGGAAGGGGUUAAUGUGAGGGGCAAUCAAAGGGUUAACUGUGUGCUGGGAGUGUUCUACUGGGGGGUGGGGGGGUGUUCUUCACUGUAAGCACCUUGAUCGGGAUGGCUGUACUGUGGACAGCCAUCCCGAGCAGUGUGCUUGAGCUGACAAAGAGAGAGACCUGUGUUGUUUACACACAGGUUUCUCCCAUGUCAGCUUUCCCAGAUGAUCGCCGGGUGCCAGUGAGGAAUCUCCGGCCGGGACCCGGUGAUUUGACA